AUGUGGAGCAAGAGUGACACUGAACCAGAAAGCACGGUGAAAGCCGCUAGCUCCUCAGUGUUUUUGGAGAAAUCCCACACCCUUCACAAGACAUUUAAGGUUUCUCAAGAUCUGGCCUAUGUCCUCGCCUGUGCCAUCACCCUCCAGAUGCACUGGACUAGCGGACCCGCCUCGGGCUCCCAGCAGGGGGACCCCGCCGCGAGCCCCUGUCCGGAGCGCGCCGGCCGCAGCCCGACGGAGCGAGGCGCGGCGCUGCAGCUGCGCGCUGGGUGGCCGCUGGGCGCACGGGACGGUCGCGCACGCCACGACCUGCGCCUGCACUGCAGCCGCGGAAGCCAGUCGGCCGCGCUCAGCACGAUGUCCCGGGGGCUGUUCCUGCGGUGGCUGCUGGCCGUCUGCGCGGCGGCGGCGGCGGCGGCGGCGGCCGACGAGCCGGGCACGGCGCUGCCCCGGACCACGGGGGACGCCACCCUGGCCAUCGUCUUCGAUGUCACCGGCUCCAUGUGGGACGACCUGAUGCAGGUGAUGGACGGCGCCUCGCGCAUUCUGGAGCGCAGCCUGAGCCGCCGCAGCCAGGCCAUCGUCAACUACGCGCUGGUGCCCUUCCACGACCCAGAUAUUGGCCCAGUGACCCUCACGGCGGACCCAGCGGUGUUUCAGAGGGAGCUGAGAGAACUCUACGUGCAGGGAGGAGGUGACUGCCCCGAGAUGAGCGUGGGGGCCAUCAAGGCUGCUGUGGAGGUUGCCAACCCUGGCUCCUUCAUCUACGUCUUCUCGGAUGCCCGCGCCAAGGACUACCACAAGAAGGACGAGGUGCUACGGCUCCUGCAGCUUAAACAGUCUCAGGUGGUCUUUGUGCUGACGGGGGACUGUGGGGACCGCACGCAUCCUGGCUACCUGGCCUAUGAGGAGAUUGCUGCCACCAGCUCUGGGCAGGUGUUCCACCUGGACAAGCAGCAGGUGACCGAGGUGCUAAAGUGGGUGGAGUCAGCGAUCCAGGCCUCCAAGGUGCACCUGCUCUCCACGGACCAUGAGGAGGAGGGCGAGCACACAUGGGGUAUCCCCUUCGACUCCAGCCUGAAGGAGGUCACCAUCUCCCUGAGCGGCCCCGGGCCUGAGAUUGAAGUCCGAGACCCACUGGGAAGGAUCCUGCAGAAGGACGAAGGCCUCAACGUGCUUCUCAACAUCCCCGACUCGGCCAAGGUCGUGGCCUUCAAGCCUGAGCACCCGGGGCUCUGGUCCAUCAAGGUCUAUAGCAGUGGCCGCCACUCAGUGAGGAUCACGGGAGUCAGCAACAUCAACUUCCGAGCUGGCUUCUCCACUCAGCCCUCUCUGGACCUCAACCAUACCAUCGAGUGGCCCCUGCAAGGGGUGCCCAUCUCCCUGGUGAUCAACUCCACGGGCCUGCAGGCCCCUGGCCGCGUGGACUCGGUGGAGCUCUCACACAGCUCAGGGCGGCCCCUCCUGACUUUGCCCACGCAGCCCCUCUCCAAUGAAUCCACCCAUCAGCUGUGGAGCGGACCGCCCUUCCAUGCCCCCCAGGAACGCUUCUACCUCAAGGUGAAGGGCAAAGACCACGAAGGGAACCCCCUCCUCCGUGUCUCCGGAGUUGCCUAUACUGGGGUGGCUCCAGGUGCCCCCCUGGCCGAGGAAGGCACGUAUGAGUGCACGGCGGUCAGCAGAGCUGGGACCGGACGAGCAGAGGCCCAGAUUGUCGUCACAGACCCGCCGCCGCAGCUGAUCCCUGCCCCCAACGUGACCGUGUCGCCGGGGGAGACCGCCAUCCUGUCCUGCCAGGUCCUGGGAGAGGCCCCCUACAACCUGACGUGGGUGCGGGACUGGCGAGUCCUAUCGGCCUCGACAGGCAGAGUCACGCAGCUGGCCGACCUGUCCCUGGAGGUCAGGGACAUCAUCCCCAGUGAUGGCGGGCGGUACCAGUGCAUGGUCAGCAAUGCCAACGGGGUCACACGGGCGUCCAUCUGGCUCCUGGUGCAAGAGGAUACCGGGAAUUACAGCUGCCAGGCUACUAAUGAGGUUGGCACAGACGAGGAGACGGUCACCCUCUACUAUACAGACCCACCGUCGGUUUCCGCCGUCAAUGCCGUGGUGCUUGCUGCGGUCGGGGAGGAGGCCGUGCUGGUGUGUGAGGCGUCCGGGGUGCCCCCACCCCGGGUCAUCUGGUAUCGAGAUGCGCCCCAGCUGACGGAGCUGCCCCGGAAUGUCACCGUGGAGCUGGGCAGGAGUGCCCUCCUGGCAUGUCGGGCCGUGGGCCGCCCGCCCCCGACAGUCACCUGGCGCCGUGGAGACGGCCGGCCACUGGAGCCUGGGCGGGGCAGCGGGUCCAGGCAGCCCCAUUCAGGGGUGCUGUUCUUUGAAAGUGUGGUCCCCGAAGACCAGGCCCUGUAUGUCUGUGAAGCUCAAAAUGUCUUUGGGAAAGUCCAGGUGGAGGCCCGGCUCGUGGUGACUGGACAUGCUCUCCCCCAGAUUGCCAGCAGUGCCUCCACCAUCCGGGUGCUGGAGAGGCAGCCCGUGUCCCUGCCGUGUGUCAUCCUGGCCGGGAGGCCCCUCCCCGAGAGGCGCUGGCUCAAGGCUGGUCUGCCACUCCCACCUGGCAGCCGGCAUUCUAUUCGAGCCGACGGCAGCCUCCACCUGGACCAGGCCCUGCAGGAAGACGCAGGGAGGUACAGCUGUGUGGUCACCAAUACGGCCGGCUCUCAGCACAGGGAGGUGCAGCUGGUUGUCCAGGUGCCACCGAGAAUCCAGCGUACUGCCACCCACCAUGUCACCAAUGAAGGGGUUCCAGUAUCUCUCCCCUGUGUGGCCUCGGGAUUUCCGACCCCCACCAUCACCUGGACCAAGGAAGCCAAUGCCCUGACCUCCAGCAGCUCCCACUACAAUGUAAGAAAGGAUGGCACCUUGGUUAUUGCCCAGCCAUCCGUCCGGGAUGCAGGCGCCUACGUCUGCACGGCAACCAACGCUGUGGGCUUCUCCAGCCAGGAGAUGCGGCUUUCUGUCAACACCAAGCCCAGGAUCCAUGCGAACGGCUCCUAUGAUACAGACAAGCCUCUGAACGUCACAACCAAGGCCGGUGAUGAGGUGACUCUGGACUGUGAGGCCCAGGGGUCCCCACCCCCCUUGGUCACCUGGAUCAAGGACUCCCGCCCUGUGCUGCCUGUCUCUGACAGACAUCACCUCCUCCCGUCGGGCUCCCUGCGUCUGGCUCAGGCCCAGGCCGGUGACAGCGGCCUCUACAAAUGCACAGCCAGUAACCCCGCGGGCUCUGCCUCUCGGCACUACAUUCUUGGGGUACAAGUCCCCCCACAGGUGCAGCCAGGCCCGCGGGUUCUGAAGGCCCUGGCGGGGGAAGCUCUGGACCUGAACUGCGUGGCUGCAGGCACCCCAGAGCCCAGGCUGACGUGGUCCAAGGACGGGGUUGCCCUGAAUGGCAGGUGGCCCGAGGGCUCCAUCCACUUUGCAGCCAUCCAGACCUCCGAUGCUGGCAUGUACCGCUGUGAGGCCUCCAGCGACGCCGGGGUGGACGCCUGGGAGCUGGAGCUCAGGGUGCUGGAGCCGCCAUACUGGGGGACCGAUGAGACCAACGGCCUGCUGGAGAGAGUGGUGGGAGAGAAUGCCAGCCUGCCAUGCCCUGCCAGAGGGGUGCCCAAGCCGCAGGUCACAUGGCGGAAGGGCCCGUCCCUGGAGCCCCUGCGUGGCCGGCCGGGCCUGGCAGUGCUGGAUGAGGGCUCUCUGUUCCUGACCGCUGUCUCUCCCACCGAUGGCGGAGACUACGAUUGCCUGGCCACCAACGAGGCGGGCUCCGCCUCCAGGAGAGUCAAGCUGGUGGUCUACGUGCCCCCCAGCAUCCGGGAGGACGGACACAGGGCCAACGUGUCGGGCAUGGCUGGGCAGUCCCUGACACUGGAGUGUGACGCAAAUGGCUUUCCAGCCCCUGAGAUCGUGUGGCUCAAGGACGGGCAGCUGAUACCCGAGGUGGACAGUCACCACCUCCUGGAUGGGGCCCGGGCCCUCCACUUUCCAAGGAUCCAGGAGGACGAUUCUGGCCUCUACUCCUGUCGGGCAGAGAACCCGGCAGGCACGGCCCAGAAGGACUUCGGUCUCCUCGUGCUCAUCCCACCUUCCCUGCUCGGAGCUGGGGCUGCCCAGGAGGUGCUGGGCCUGCUUGGUGCCGAGGUGGAGCUGGAGUGCCGGACCUCAGGGGUCCCCACACCCCAGGUGGAAUGGACCAAGGACAGGCAGCCUAUCCUUCCGGGAGACCCUCACAUCCAGCUCCAGGAGGACGGCCAGGUUCUCAGAAUCACCAGCAGUCACCUGGGGGACGAGGGGCGGUACCAGUGCGUGGCCUUCAGCCCGGCGGGCCAACAGGCGAAGGACUUCCAGCUCAGAAUCCACUCACCUCCCACCAUCUGGGGCUCCAACGAGACAAGCGAGGUGGCCGUCAUGGAGGGCCACCCAGUGUGGUUCCUAUGUGAGGCCCGAGGAGUGCCGGCUCCUGACAUCACCUGGUUCAAAGACGGGGUCCCGCUCCAUCCCAGCCCUGAGGCUGUCUACACCAGAGGCGGCCGGCAGCUGCAGCUGGGGAGGGCCCAGGUCUCGGACGCUGGCACCUACACCUGCAAGGCCAACAACUCUGUGGGGAUCACGGAGAAGACCACCAGGCUGGAGGUUUAUGUCCCACCCACCAUCCAGGGCGCUGGUGGAGAGCCUCACUUAGUGAAGGCCGUGGCUGGGAAGCCCUUGGCGCUGCAGUGUGUGGCCAGAGGCCACCCACCCCCAACCCUGUCCUGGCACCACGAGGGACUGCCCGUGGCAGAGAGCAACAGGACCUGGCUGGAGGCGGGCGGCGGCGUGCUGAGCCUGGAGAGCCUGGGGGAAGCAUCUAGAGGCCUGUACAGCUGUGUGGCCAGCAGCCCUGCAGGCGAGGCCAUGCUGCAGUACGCCGUGGACGUGCAGGUGCCCCCACAACUCCUGGUGGCUGAAGGCUUGGGCCAGGUGACCACCCUCGUGGGACAGCCGCUGGACCUUCCCUGCCAGGCGUCAGGCUCCCCGGUGCCCACUAUCCAGUGGCUGCAGAAUGGCCGCCCAGCUGAGGAGCUGUCGGGGGUGCAGGUGGCCUCCCAGGGGACCACACUACACAUCGACCGUGUGGAGCCGGGCCACGCGGGCCUCUUCUCCUGCCAGGCCACCAAUGAAGCAGGCACUGCCGGGGCCGAGGUGGAGUUGUCGGUGCAUGAGCUCCCAUCUGUGGUCAUCAUUGGGGGUGAGAACAUCACAGCUCCUUUCCUGCAGCCUGUGACCCUCCGAUGUGCAGGGACUGGGGUACCUACCCCGAGCCUCCGCUGGUGGAAGGAUGGGGUGGCCCUGGCAGCGUCGGGGGGGAACCUGCAGAUUGAGAAGGUGGACCUGAGGGAUGAAGGUGUCUAUACUUGUGCUGCCACUAACCUGGCUGGGGAGAGCAAGAGGGACGUGGUGCUCAAGGUCAUGGUGCCCCCCAACAUUGAGCCUGGCCUUGUCAACAAGGCAGUGCUGGAAAAUGCCUCAGUGACCUUGGAGUGUCUGGCUUCGGGCGUGCCUUCUCCAGCUAUCUCCUGGUUCAAGGGCCGCCAGCCUGUCUCAGCUCGCAAGGGAGUGAUGGUGUCCGCUGAUGGGAGAGUUCUCCUCAUUGAGCGAGCCCGACUUUCUGAUGCUGGGAGCUACCGCUGUGUGGCAUCCAAUGAGGCAGGCGACACAGAGCUGCAGUAUGGCCUACGGGUCAAUGUGCCUCCCCGCAUCACACUGCCACCCAGCCUGCCUGGCCCCGUGCUGCUCAACGCCCCGGUCCGGCUGACCUGUAAUGCCUCCGGAACCCCCAGCCCCAUGCUGAUGUGGCUCAAGGAUGGAAACCCCGUGUCCGCUGCAGGGACCUCUGGCCUCCAGGUCUUCCCUGGGGGCCGCGUCCUCACGCUGGCCAGUGCCCGGGCCUCCGACUCUGGCAGCUACUCCUGCGUGGCGGUGAGUGCAGUGGGUGAGGACCGCCAAGACGUCGUGCUCCAUGUCCACAUGCCUCCCAGCAUCCUCGGAGAAGAGCUGAACGUGUCCGUGGUGGCCAAUGUGUCCGUGGUGGCCAAUGAGUCAGUGGCCCUCGAGUGCCAGAGCCAAGCCGUGCCCCCUCCCGUGUUGAGCUGGCGGAAAGAUGGCCGGCCCCUGGAGCUGCGGCCUGGAGUCCGCCUCUCCGCAGACAAGGCCUUGCUGGAGGUGAGCAGAGCUGAGGUGCAGGACGCAGGUCGCUAUACCUGUGAGGCACUGAACCAGGCAGGCCACUCGGAGAAGCACUACAACCUGAUCGUCUGGGCUCCUCCAGUGUUCCCCUCUCGGGAGCCCAUCACCCUGACUGUGACCGAGGGGCACCCCACCAGACUGUCCUGCGAAUGUUGGGGUGUCCCUUUCCCCAAGAUCUCCUGGAGGAAGGACGGUCAGCCGGUGCCUGGGGAGGGGGCCGGCCGCGGGCAGGUGUCGGCUGUGGGGCAGCUGCUGUACCUGGGGCGGGCCCAGCCAGCCCAGGAGGGAACAUACACCUGCGAGUGCAGCAACGUGGCAGGAACUAGCAGUCAGGACCAACAGCUGGAGGUGCAUGUUCCCCCUCAGAUCACUGGCCCCCAGGAGCCACACACACCAGUCUCCGUGGUCCAGGAUGGGGAGGCCACUCUGGAAUGCAACGUCACAGGGAAACCUCCACCCAGGGUGACAUGGGAGCGGGACGGCCAGCCGGUGGGAGCGGAGCCUGGCCUGCGGUUGCAGAACCAGAAUCAAAGCCUGUAUGUGGAACAGGCGCAGGCUGCCCACACCGGACGCUACAGCUGUGUGGCCGAGAACGUGGCUGGGAGGGCCGAGAGGAGGUUUGCACUCUCCGUGCUAGUUCCCCCAGAGCUCGUUGGAGACUUGGACCCACUGACCAACGUCACCGCUGCCUUACACAGCCCCUUGACACUGCUCUGUGAAGCGACAGGAAUCCCACCUCCGGGGGUCCGCUGGUUCCGAGGGGAGGAGCCCAUUGGUCCUGGGGAGGACACCUACCUCUUAGCAGGUGGCUGGAUGCUGAAGGUGACCCGGACACAGGAGCGAGACAGAGGCCUCUACUCAUGCUUGGCAAGCAACGAGGCCGGGGAGGUGCGGAGGAACUUCAGCGUGGAGGUCCUGGUUCCUCCCAGUAUCGAGAACGAGGACCUGGAAGAGGCAGUUAAGGUCCUUGAGGGACAGACAGCCCACCUGACGUGCAACGCCACAGGCCAUCCACAGCCCAAGGUCACGUGGUUCAAAGAUGGCCAGCUGCUGACUGGUGGAGACACCUACCACGUUUCUCCAGAUGGAGCCCUCCUGCAGGUCCUCCAGACCAACCUGUCCAGUGCCGGCCACUACUCCUGCAUUGCAGCCAAUGCCGUGGGGGAGAAGACCAAGCACUUCCAGCUUAGCGUCCUGGUGGCUCCUACCAUCCUGGGGGUGACCGAAGACACUGCAGACGAGGAGGUGACCGUCACCAUCAACAACCCCAUUUCUCUGAUCUGCGAGACACUGGCCUUCCCCUCCCCCACCAUCACCUGGAUGAAGGACGGGACCCCAUUUGAGGCCUCGAACAACAUCCAGCUGCUCCCAGGCACCCACGGGCUGCAGAUCCUGAAUGCCCAAAAGGAAGACGCGGGCCAGUACACUUGCGUGGUCACCAAUGAGCUUGGGGAGGCCAUGAAGAACUACCACGUGGAAGUCCUCAUCCCCCCUUCCAUCUCCAAAGACGACCCCACGGGGGAGGUCAGUGUGAAGGAAGUGAAGACCAAAGUCAACAGUACCUUGACCCUGGAGUGUGAGUGCUGGGGCGCACCCCCGCCCACCAUCAGCUGGUACAAGGAUGGACGGCCCAUGACCCCCAACGAGCGGCUCCACAUCCUGGGUGAAGGGCGGCUGCUUCAGAUUCAGCCCACUCAGGUCUCGGAUUCAGGGCGAUACCUGUGCGUGGCCAGCAAUGUGGUUGGAGAGGAUGACCAGGACUUCAACGUGCUCAUCCAGGUGCCCCCCAUGUUCCAGAAUGUGGGUGAUGCCACUGCAGCCUCCGAGUUCCUGUCCCGGGAGGAGGAGGCCCGGGGUGGGGUGACGGAAUACCAGGAGAUUGUGGAGAACAACCCCGCAUACCUGCACUGUGACACCAACGCCGUCCCGCCCCCGGAGUUCACCUGGUACAGGGAAGACCAGCCCCUCUCGGCCACGGACGGGGUGUCUGUUCUGCAAGGAGGCCGGGUCCUGCAGAUCCCCUUGGUACGUGUGGAGGACGCCGGGAGGUACUCGUGCAAGGCCUCCAAUGAGGUGGGAGAGGACUGGCUGCACUACGAGCUGAUGGUGCUGACCCCGCCUGUGAUCCUGGGAGACAUGGAGGAGCUGGUGGAGGAGGUGACCGUCAACGCCAGCAGCACCGUCAGCCUACGGUGUCCGGCCGUGGGCAACCCCGCGCCCGCCGUCUCGUGGUUCCAGAACGGGCUGCCUUUCUUCCCGAGCCCACAGCUGCAGGUCCUGGAGGACGGGCAAGUCCUGCAGGUUUCCACAGCAGAGGUGGCAGACGCUGCCAGCUACAUGUGUGUGGCCGAGAACCCAGCGGGCUCCGCGGAGAAGCUCUUUACCCUCAGGGUGCAAGUGCCACCACGAAUCGCAGGCCUGAACUCGGAGCAGGUCACGGCCAUCCUCAAUAGCAGCGUCUCCCUCUCCUGUGAUGUCCGUGCUCAGCCGAGCCCCGAGGUCACAUGGUACAAGGACAGCCGGGCCCUCUCCCUGGGAGAAGAGGCCUUUCUCCUGCCUGGCACCCACACGCUGCAGCUGGCACGUGCACAGCCGUCGGACUCCGGGAUAUACAUGUGUGAGGCCCUCAAUGCUGCUGGCCGAGACCAAAAGCUGAACGCCCAGGCCGAGGCCCGGAAGGACUUCGUGGUGGCCGUGCUGGUGGCCCCCCGGAUCCAGAGCUUGGGUGCCACGCAGGAGCAUAGCGUCCUGGAGGGGCAGGAGGUGCGGCUGGACUGCGAGGCCGACGGGCAGCCGCCGCCCGAGGUGGCCUGGCUGAAGGAUGGUGGCCCACUGGGCCAGGGCGUGGGCCCCCACCUCAGGUUCUACAUGGACGGCAGCUCCCUGGUGCUGAAGGGCCUGACGGCCUCAGACUCGGGUGCCUACACCUGCAUGGCCCACAACGCGGCCGGGGAGGACGCCAAGCUGCACACUGUGAAUGUGCUGGUGCCUCCCACCAUUGAGCAAGGGGCAGAGGGCAGUGAGACCCUGGUGCGCAGGUCUGGGGAGCUAGUGACCAUGGCGUGCCCUGUCCGGGGCUCUCCACCCAUCCACAUGAGCUGGCUCAAGGACGGCCUGCCCCUCCCACUCUCCCAGCGCACCCACCUCCAUGGCUCUGGCCACAUCCUCAGGAUUUCCCAGGUGCAGUUGGCAGAUUCUGGCAUCUUCACCUGUGUGGCUGCAAGCCCAGCUGGCGUGGCCGACAGAAACUUCACCUUGCAGGUGCAUGUGCCCCCAGUCCUGGAGCCCGUGGAGUUCCAGAAAGACGUGGCGGUGGUCCGUGGCUCCCCGGUCGUCCUCCCCUGUGAAGCCCAGGGCAGCCCCCUGCCCCUAGUGUCAUGGAUGAAGAAUGGGCAGCCCUUGUUGCCCCAGAGCCUUGAACAUGGGCCUGGCCUGAAGCUGGAGACAGCAGGAGCUGGGGACUCAGGGACCUACUCCUGCGUGGCCAGGAGCGAGGCGGGGGAAGCCAGGAGGCAUUUUCAGCUGACAGUGAUGGAGCCUCCCCACAUCGAGGACUCAGGCCAGCCUGCAGAGCUGUCACUGACCCCUGGCUUCCCCUUGGAGCUCCGCUGUGAUGCCCGGGGCAUCCCCCCACCCAACAUCACCUGGCAUAAGGAUGGGCAGGCCCUGAACAGCCAGGAGGACAGCAAAGGGGCUGGGCGGCUGCUCCGGGUGGAGGCUGUGCAGGUGGGCGACGCUGGGCUGUACAUCUGCCUGGCCCAGAGCCUUGCUGGCGAAGCUGAGAAGAGCUUCCGGGUCAGGGUUCAAGCCCCUCCAAAUGUUAUUGGGCCCCGAGGCCCCCGCUCUGUGGUUGGCCUGGCCCCAGGGCAGCUGGUUCUGGAGUGCUCGGUGGAGGCGGAUCCAGCCCCCGAGAUUGAGUGGCACCGAGAUGGCAUCCUGCUGCAGGCAGAUGCCCACACCCAGUUCCCGGAGCAAGGCAGGUUCCUCCAGCUGCAGGGCCUGAGCACGGCCGAUGGCGGCGACUACAGCUGCACAGCCCGCAACGCGGCGGGCAGCACCAGUAUGGCCUUCCACGUGGAGAUCCACACGGUGCCCACCAUCCAGCCAGGACCACCCACAGUGAACGCCUCCGUGAACCAGACAGCCCUGCUGCCCUGCCAGGUGGACGGUGUACCCCUGCCCCUGGUGAGCUGGCGGAAGGACGGGGUCCCCCUGUAUCCCGGGAAUCCCAGGUUGCAGAUUCUGCCCGAAGGUUCCCUGAGGAUCCAGCCGGUCCUUGCCCAGGACGCUGGACACUACCUCUGCCUGGCGUCCAACUCUGCGGGCUCCGAUCGGCAAGGCCGUGACCUCCGGGUCUUCGAGCCUCCCACCAUCGCCCCGAGCCCCUCCAACCUGACGCUGACCGCCCACACCGCCGCCUCACUGCCCUGUGAGGCCAACGGCUCCCCCAAGCCUUUCGUGGUCUGGUGGAAGGACGGACAGAAGCUGGACUUCCGCCUGCAGCAGGGUGCCUACCGGCUCCUCCCGUCCAAUGCCCUGCUCCUUGCAGCCCCCAGCCCCCAGGACUCAGCCCAGUUUGAGUGUGUGGUGAGCAACGAGGCAGGCGAGGCCCGCAGGCUCUACCGGGUGACCAUCCACGUGCCUCCCACCAUUGCCGAUGACCAGACAGACUUCACUGUGACCAAGAUGGCACCCGUGGUCCUCACGUGCCACAGCAUGGGCGUGCCGGCCCCGGUGGUGUCCUGGAGCAAGGCGGGCACCCAGCUGAGGGUGCGGGGGAACGGCUAUCGUGUCUCGCCUUCGGGAGCCCUGGAGAUUGGGCAGGCCCUCCCCAUCCACGCCGGCCGCUACACCUGUAUGGCCCGCAACUCCGUAGGCAUGGCCCACAAGCAUGUGGUCCUCACUGUGCAGGCCUCCCCCGUGGUGAAGCCACUGCCCAGUGUGGUUCGGGCCUUGACGGAAGAAGAGGUGCUGCUGCCUUGUGAGGCCUCAGGUGUCCCCCGGCCAAGCAUCACCUGGCAGAAGGAGGGGCUCAGCAUCCCCACAGGAGCCAGUACCCAGGUUCUACCCAGCGGACAGCUGCAGAUUAUCCACGCCAGCCCAGAGGAUGCCGGGAACUACUUCUGCAUCGCUCAGAACAGCGCCGGCAGUGCUGUGGGCAAAACUCGGCUGGUGGUACAAGUCCCUCCUGUGAUUGAGAAUGGCCUUCCUGACCUGUCUGCCACCGAAGGCUCCCACACCCUCUUGCCCUGCACGGUCAGUGGCAGUCCCAAGCCUGACAUCACUUGGGAAAAAGAUGGCCUGCCUGUGUCUGUUGCUGAGGGCAAGUUCACCAUCCAGCCUUCCGGGGAGCUGCUGGUGAAGAACUCGGAGAGCCAGGACGCUGGCACCUACACCUGCACAGCUGAGAACCCUGUGGGCCGCGCCCGCCGCCGUGUACACCUCACCAUCUUGGCACUGCCCGUCUUCACCACCCUGCCUGGGGACCGCAGCCUGAACCUCGGGGACCGGCUGUGGCUUCGCUGUGCCGCCCAGGGCAGCCCUACCCCGCGCAUUGGCUGGACUGUCAAUGACCGGCCAGUCAUAGAUGGGGUGUCUGAACAGGACGGGGGCAGCACGCUGCAGCGGGUGGCAGUCACCAGAGAAGACAGUGGGACCUAUGUCUGCUGGGCUGAGAACAGAGUGGGCCGUGUGCAGGCGGUCAGCUUCGUCCAUGUGAAGGAGGCUCCUGUUCUAGAAGGGGAGGCCUUCUCCUACCUGGUAGAGCCUGUGGGGGGCAGCAUCCGACUGGACUGUGUGGUCUAUGGAGACCCAGUGCCCAACAUCCGCUGGAUCAAAGAUGGCCUCCCGCUGAGGGGCAGCCGUCUCCGGCACCGGCUGCAGAAUGGCUCGCUGACCAUCCGCAGGACAGAGAUGGAUGAUGCGGGACAGUACCAUUGCCUGGCAGAGAAUGAGAUAGGCACAGUGGAGAAAGUGCUGGUCCUCGUGCUACAGAGUGCCCCCAUGUUCCAGCUGAAGCCCCAGGAUGUGAUAGUGAGAUCCGGGGAUGAUGUGUCCCUGCGGUGCCAGGCCACCGGACAGCCGGUGCCCACAGUGGAGUGGCUGCGUGCGGGCCAGCCCUUGCAGGCCAGCCAGCGGCUCCAGACCCUGCCAGAUGGGAGCCUGUGGCUGGAGCGAGUGGACACUAGGGACGCAGGCACAUAUGAGUGUGUCGCUCACAACCUCCUGGGCUCGGCCACAGCCCGAGCGUUCCUGGCUGUGAGAGAGGAGCCCCGGGGGGGCCGGGGUAGCGUGAUCGGGGUGAUCAACGGCCAGGAAUUUGGCACGGCCACCCUCAACACCAGUGUGCAACAGGAGGCUCGUUCUGGGGUCACCACCAUCAGAAGCAGUAUCAGCCACAUCCCUGCGAGUGUGGGGCCCCUGAUGCGGGCGCUGGUGGUCACCAUCGCCCCAAUCUACUGGGCGCUCGCUGGAGAGAGUGGAAACGCCUUGAACGGCUACUCACUGACGAGUGGCAACUUCCGGCAGGAGUCGCACAUGGAGUUUGCCACAGGGGAGCUGCUCACGAUGACCCAGGUGGCCCGGGGCCUGGAUCCCAACGGCCUCCUGCUCCUCGAUGUGGUGGUCAAUGGCGUCGUCCCCGAGAGCCUAGCUGACGCAGAUCUUCAAGUGCAGGAUUUCCGGGAGCACUACGUGCAGACGGGGCCUGGCCGGCUCUUUGUGGGCUCCACGCAGCGCUUCCUGCAAGACAGCCUCCCGGUGUUUCUGCACUGCAACCACAGCAUCCAGUACGACGCGGCCCGGGGACCCCAGCCCCAGCUGGUGCAGCACCUGCGGGCCUCUGCUGUCAGCUCGGCCUUCGACCCCGAGGCUGAGGCCCUGCGCUUUCAGCUCACCACAGCCCUGCAAGCCGAAGAGAAUGAAGUCGGCUGCCCAGAAGGCUUCAAGCUGGACACCCAAGGAGAGUUUUGUGUGGACAGGGACGAGUGCUCGGGCGGCCCCAGCCCCUGCUCCCACACCUGCCACAACGCACCUGGACGCUUCACCUGCUCCUGUCCAGCUGGCUUCACCCUGGCCGGGGACGACAGAAACUGCAGAGAUGUGGAUGAGUGUCUGGAGCAGUUGGAUGAAUGUCACUACAACCAGAUCUGUGAGAACACCCCUGGCGGGCACCGCUGCAGCUGCCCCAGGGGGUACUGGAGCCAGGGCCCCGGCCUGCCCUGCCUAGAUAUCAACGAGUGCCUGCAGCUGCCCAGGCCCUGCGCCUACCAGUGCCACAACCUCCAGGGCAGCUACCGCUGUCUGUGCCCACCGGGCCACACCCUCCUCCAGGAUGGGAAGGCCUGCACCCCACUGGAGCAGAGAGGACAAAAUGUGACCACCGUCAGCCACCGGGGGUCCUUGGUGCCUUGGCUGCGGCCCCACUUCCCCAUCCCCAGUGGUUCCUACCAAGCCUGGGUCUCCCUCCGACCGGGCCCCAGAACCCCGAGCAGCAUGGGCCGGGCCUGGUGCCCCGCUGGCUUCAUCCGACAGAAUGGCGUCUGCGCGGACCUGGACGAGUGCCGGGUGAGGAGCCUGUGCCAGCAUGCCUGCCAAAACACCGAGGGCAGCUACCGGUGUCUCUGCCCCACCGGCUACCGCCUCCUCCCCAGUGGAAAGAACUGCCAGGACAUCAAUGAGUGUGAGGAGGAUGGCAUCGAGUGUGGGCCUGGCCAGAUGUGCUUUAACACCCGAGGCAGCUACCAGUGUGUGGACACACCAUGUCCUGCCACCUACCGGCAGGGCUCCAGCCCAGGGAUGUGCUUCCGGCGUUGUUCGCAGGACUGCAGCGCCGGUGGUCCCUCCACGCUGCAGUACAAGCUGCUGCCGCUGCCCCUGGGCGUGCGCGCCCACCACGAUGUGGCCCGCCUGGCCGCCUUCUCCGAGGCCGGCGUACCCGCCAACCACACCAAACUCAGCGUGCUGGAGCCUGACCCACUCAGCCCGUUCGCUCUGCGCCCGCUGCGCACGGGCCAAGGCGCAGUCUAUACCCGCCGCGCGCUUACCCGCGCCGGCCUCCAUCGGCUCACCGUGCGCGCCAUGGCGCCGCGCCACCAAAGUGUCUUCGUCCUGCUCAUCGCCGUGUCCCCCUACCCCUAUUGAGAGGCAAGGUCAUUGGCAGCAGCUUUUGGGAC